UAAUAACAGCUAACCUCUAAUUUUUUUUUUUUAAAAGAGAGAAUGCAGGUUUACAAUAACAUAACCAUAAACAGUGGUUUAUGAGGGCACAGUCUGAGCCGUGUGCAAACAUUUUAAGCUACAUUUUCAGCUGCAAAGUCUGAGAAGAGAGGAAACGAUGCAAUGAAAUUCACACCAUCGCUAUUUAGAAGACAUGCGGGUGCAACUCCCAUUAAAAUCUGUUUAGAAAAAUAUAUGCUCAGGAGAACUGCUCAUUUGACAAGUAUGUGCUACUGCAACACCACCAACAUCACCACCAACAUUACCAACACCAUUUGCAAAGUGAACAUCUUGGAGGGUUUGGCUUACAUUCCUUUGUUUCUCGUGGGUUUCCUUGUCAAUGCUGCUGCUCUGCGUGCCUUCAUUGCCAAACGGGUCUCCUGGACGGACACCCACAUACACAUGUUCAACCUGGCUAUAGCUGAUUCUGCCCUCAUCCUCUUCCUUCCCUUUAGGAUCUAUGAUUCCUUCUUCUGCCUGCCCAAGACUUACUUGUGUACACAUUUCACCAACAUGUAUGCCAGCAUCCUGACCAUGGCGGCCAUCAGUAUCCAGCACUACCUGUCUAUAAGGUUCCCACUGCAGGCCAGAUCAUGGAGGAAGGAGAAAGGGACGGCUUUUGUUGUGUGCCUGGUCCUUUGGGUGCUUCUGGUGACAAUGUGUGCUAUAUUCCGAAAGGAGAACUACCCUGAAAAACUGUGGACCUGUUAUGAAAGAUGAAAAAAUCAACCACUGAAAUUGCGAUUUAUUCUCAUUAUGGAAUUUCUAGGCUUCCUCACUCGGCUGUUUGUUGUUGUGUUCUGUUCCAGUCGGAUUAUAUGUGUUCUGUUAAAAGUGGAUGACAAGUCAGAGGAAAAGAAAUGCACUAUUGGCAUAGUGACAGCAAAUAUGCUCGUAUUCAUCGUCUGCUACACUCCAAUCCAUGUUGGCUUUCUUGUUAACGUCUUUAAUACUCCACCUACAAACUGGCAGACUACAUACUUACCUGCACAUACAUAUUUGCUUGUGUCUGAAUGGAUCGCUUCCACAAACUGCUAUUUUGAUUCCAUCAGCUAUUAUUUUUUAUUGAAAUGUUUUUAUUCAUAAGUCAUUGGGAGUACACAAAAUUGACCUGUCUCUAAAAACAGCAUUUGUGUGAACCAUUUUUUAGACUGUACAGUAUAAAACAAAUUAUAUUGUUAAAACAAAUUAUACUGUUAAAUGGGCACACAUUAAGUUCAGUUUGCUGGUCAUGACAAAUAAUACUUAGCCUGUGGGAACAGUUUUAUAAUCUUUUCUCUGGCUCUGGAGGGAGUUUGAAACAAACACCCCAAAGAUGUCAGCAGGAUAAUCUUUGCAUGGGCUUGAGACUUUUUCAUUUUUAAUAUAAACCUGCAUUGCAGGUUAUAUGAUUAAUAACAAACGGGUCAUACGGGGUUUGAAAGAAGUGGGAAUUUAGGAGGCUAGAAGGGUCAGAUUGAAGAUACUAUUGAGUUGCAUUGUGGGAAUUGUAGGAUGGAGCUUGAUACAUUUAAGGGACUAAAAGUCAGGAUAUCUGGACCUGUGCUCCUUCGUGUUUUGACUAUUUUUUUUAGCAUCAUUCUGUUUCUUGUGAAUUCCAACAGUGGACUAUGCCUUUACAUUUG